AACUUUACGUAUGAAUUCAUUCUUAUUUCAUUAGUGUACGUAUUUUGAUGGAAGAUUAAUUUUCGUUUCACAUCGAUGUGGUCUUGUAGCACGCGGAGAAUUUUUCCGUGCAAACAUAAACCAAUAACAAAAAUAUACGGGAGAAACGUGUCCCUUGACGCUUGUGCUGAAACAGAAACCGAUAAAGUUAUUUUUCGGCAAAAGCUGAGAGAGGUGAGAAAGAGUUUGGCAGCUUCUUAUUUGGGGAAACGUUUCGAGGGAGUCAAGCCGAAGCCCAAAAGAGAACCAACCCAACAAGAUCUGUAUUAUAGAUGGGCACCUAUUGCAAAGAAACAGUUUGUCGUGAAGACUUUCAACCCCGAUUAUUCGUUGCUGGGUCCUGAACAUUAUGAAAGAGAACGUGGUUUGCACAUGAACGACUUCAAUAUCAAAAUGGAACAAAAGAGAAAAGAAGUUGCAGAAAAGCUUGCCAAGGAGUCGCCAACAUGGGUAACAAGGGAUAAUCUGGAUAGAAAAAUUGAAAGUGUUCUUUCAGCUCUUUUAGAUAAGUAGGAGUAAUCUUGAUGAGUUCUAAGUAAAUGUAUUGAAUCAAAAGAUGGCCUCAGAAAUAAAGCAGAAAAGUUUAUGAAAUUUCUCUGGUUAAAGGCCGAAACUUGCAGUAAAACAAACAAAUCAGUCUUAAGUGCGAUAGAUAUGGUAUAAGGUCUCCAUACAGUAGCGUGAUUGUUCAAUCUAAAUGUGAGAAGAAGAAAAAUAAAAGCAUCGACGACCCA